AAUUUGAAACUUCCACAUCAUUGCAUUCUGUUUUUAUUCACAAUUUGUACAGUGUCCCAACUUUUUUGGAAUCGGGUUUGUAGAAGAAAAACCUUCAGAGUCGCACUAACCCCGCCUUGAGCAUGCUAGUCAAUUUUUGUGGGCCUUUAGAGAUAGAGGGUGGAAAAUGAAAGUGUUGCUUUACAGCCGGUUUACCUUCAUGGAUUAUCGAGUCUCUCUGACCCUAAUCUGCCUGUAACUCAAUUCCUCCAAAUUGCAGCGCCUCGCUGUAAUCUCAUUAAUCUGGACGCAUGGGGUUCAUAUAAGAGGGAUGCUCGAGUCCCGGGCAGCAGAUCUCUCGCUUGCUCUCAGGGACUUCAUUUGCUUUCCAGCUUCGUCCGUCUGCUUUCUCCGUUUUGACCCUCGACCAGCGAACCAAAUAUGAACGGAACGGAAGGUCCAAACUUCUACGUGCCGAUGUCGAACAAGACUGGUUUGGUUCGCAGCCCAUUUGAGGAGCCGCAGUACUACUUAGCAGAGCCGUGGAAGUACUCGUUGCUGGCCGCAUACAUGCUCUUCCUCAUCACCACCUCAUUCCCCGUCAACUUCCUCACGCUCUAUGUCACGGUCCAGCACAAGAAGCUCCGCACACCCCUCAACUUCAUCCUACUCAAUCUGGCUGUGGCCGACCUGUUCAUGGUGGUGGGCGGCUUCACCGUCACGCUCUACACGGCCCUGAACGGGUACUUCGUCCUGGGGGUCACGGGCUGCAACAUCGAGGGCUUCUUUGCCACCCUGGGCGGUGAGAUCGCGCUGUGGUCUCUGGUGGUCUUGGCUAUCGAGCGCUACAUUGUGGUGUGUAAGCCGAUGACCACAUUUCGUUUCGGUGAGAAGCACGCCAUCAUAGGAGUGGGCUUCACCUGGGUCAUGGCUCUCACCUGUGCCAUGCCUCCCCUGCUGGGAUGGUCCAGGUAUAUUCCGGAGGGAAUGCAGUGCUCCUGUGGAAUAGAUUACUACACUCCCAAACCUGAAAUCAACAACACCUCGUUUGUCAUCUACAUGUUCAUCCUGCAUUUCUCCAUCCCACUGCUGAUCAUCUUCUUCUGCUACAGUCGUCUGCUCUGCACUGUCCGCGCAGCUGCUGCUCAGCAGCAGGAAUCAGAGACGACCCAGCGGGCCGAGCGGGAAGUGACGCGUAUGGUGGUUGUCAUGGUGAUUGCGUUCCUAGUGUGCUGGGUGCCGUAUGCCAGUGUGGCCUGGUACAUCUUUGCUAAUCAGGGGGCUGAAUUUGGUCCUGUCGCUAUGACAAUACCAGCUUUCUUUGCUAAGAGUGCAGCGCUCUACAACCCGGUCAUCUACAUCCUACUCAACAGACAGUUCAGGAACUGCAUGCUCACUACGGUCUGCUGUGGAAAGAACCCGUUUGGUGAGGAGGAGACCAGCAUGGCGGUCUCCAGUAAGACUCAGUCCUCAGUGGUCUCGUCCGCUCAAGUGGCUCCCGCCUGAACAUCUGAACGGCUCACAACUGGACCAGUCCGGCCCGCAGCCUCCUACAGGCCAAAUACAGCUCUCCAAGUCGGCUUGGCUUCCAUCUGCUACAUCAACAACUUAUUCUGCCUUUGUAUCUUACAAAACUGGCCAAUCAGAUCUCUAUAAUACUGCUGUAUGUUUUGAACUGUGUGCGAUUUAUAUGGAAAAUCCUUGGAAUGUGUUUAGUAACGUGAUGGCAUUUCAAAUGUCCGUUCCAUUAGCUUCGGCUUCACCACUGUUUGUUGAUUCUCCGGGUGUUAGAUGAAUAUGUAGCUAUGAUUUUGUAAAUUUUGACUAUUGUAGGCUUAUGUUUUGAAACCAAGAAGCGAGACUGAGCACUGGAGCCACAAGAGACCUCAGGAGAUACGCUAACAAAACAAUUCUGUGAACGUUUAGAUGUAAAUGUUGUUAAGUUUGAAUAUGUAAAUGUGUGAAGAUGUGAAUUUGCCUGCAGAUUAAAAAUAUAGAGGCAAAGAAGAAAUAAAAGCUCUUGUGAAAAAAAA